AAGUUAUCAAGACUAUUUCACGCGCCUCUGUGAACUGUGACUGACUGGUCGGGCUGCUGGGCAGCCGGCUUCAUGACUUGUCAAGGGUGCUUCUUGUAGUGCAUUUAUUCAUGUACUCGGAACACAGCAAGUGUAUUACUCUCCGUAGCAGAUAUGCGCACCUUAACAAAGAGUUAGGAAGGAGGCCACUGUCUCCUGCGACGUAGCUCAGUCACCAAGAGCAUCCUCGCGCCACUUUGAUAGCUGCAGACCAGAAGAUAUGGAGGAAUAUGGAGGGGCGCCUGGCGCCUGCCGGGUUGAGCCCAUUCAGGGAGGCCCGCAGGGUGGCUCUGGCCGCGCCGGCGAGCGGGUGGAGGAUGUGUUCAGCUGCGUGCUACCCUACCUUGCUCCAGCUGACCGCGUUUCACUCCGGGGCGUCUCCGCACCUUUAAGGAACAUGGCAAACCGGAGCACAACCCGCGUGUCGCUGUGCGGGACCGCAGUGCUGCACGCGCUUGGCAGCUCCCAGCUAUUGAAGCGUUUCCCACGGCUGUCGUCUCUGGACUUCACUCUUGGCAGUCCGGCGGAGGGCAAGCAGGCGACGCUGGCGCUACUCACUCAGCCCGACCAGCAGAGCUCGCAGCUGGCGAGACUCACCUGGAACGAGAACCGAAUCGCCGCCCAGCAGCUACACCAGCAACAAAAUUCCACGGGCGGAUAUGGGCAGCAGUCUGAGUCCAGGUAUCAGCACUACAAUGCAAGCGGGAGCCGCUCCAGCCCGGCCACUUUCGACUUCACCGAGUCGAUUCUGGCUGCGGUAUGCAGCGGUGCACCCGUCAAGUCCGUCAGCGUCGACAAAACCGCGCUGCUGGAGACGGAGGCUGCUGCGAUUGCCCGCAUGACCGCGCUCGAGGAGUUGCGGCUUGCGACUAACUCGUCUGCACAGCCGCUGAGGCGCCCGCUGGUGCAGCUUAUGCUGGGGAACAUGCGGAACCUGCGGGUGCUCAAGCUGUCUUACAUCCGCGACACCACGGCCGACAUGGUGCUCAGCCUCCCACGGCUACCAAACCUGUCGAAGCUCAUCCUGCACUACGCUUACUGGGGCGAAUCGGGCGCCGGCGAGCGGGUCAUGAGCGCCCUAGCCAAGCACCAGCGUAAGCUCACGGAGCUGCGGCUGUACGAGUGCUGCGUGAACGACGACAUGCUGCGCAUCAUCACCGGCAUCACCACGCUGCGGCGUCUGGCCAUCCAGGACGAGGAUGCACCGGAGGAGAGCUGCCCCACCACCAAAGGCCUGGCGCGCCUGACGCAGCUGCAGCGGCUGGAGCAGCUCGAGCUGUUUGGCGAGGAGCUGCAGCUGGACGGCGAGCUGCUGUCGCGGCUGGCGGCGCUGCCGGCGCUGCGCUACCUGGCCAUGGCGGGCCUGGACUCGCUGCAGGCCGACGACCUGGACAUGGGCGGCGCCGGCGAGGGCGUGGAGGAGCUGGACGGCGAGGUGGAGGACAUGGACCUGUCCAGCACCAUGGGCGAUGAGGACGAGACGGAGGAGAGCAGCGCGCAGUCGUACGGCGACGAGGUGACGUCCCGGCCGCAGCACUCGUCGGCGCGCAGCCACGGCGCCGCCGCGUUCAGCGUGCGCAUCCAGCAGGCUCCUCAGCAGCAACUGGCGCGACUGCCGGUGGCGACCGCCGGGCCCGGCGGCGCCUCCCACCCGGCCCCCAACGCCGGCCCCCAGCGGUUCCCGCAGCAGUCGCCGCGGCAGCCGCAGCCCGCGCCGCGGCCGGCGGCCAGCCCCGCCGGCGGGGCUGCCGCGUUGCCGGCCGCGCCGGCGCCUCUGCAGGUUCUGCGCCGCCUGGACACGCUGCGCCUGUACGGCCCCAGCAGCCUCAGCUCGUCGCCGCCGCCGCUGGCGCUGCUGCUGCCGCAGCCCGGCCUUCGCCGCCUCAAGCUGUCGGCCUGCGCCUCGCACGCCAACCUGCGGGCCCUGGGCGCGCAGACGGGGCUCCAGAAGCUGAUCGUGUCGCACACCGCCGUGCCGCAGCUCUAUCCGAUGCUGCAGGCUCUGCCGCUGGCGCCGCAGCAGCUGGCGCCGCCGCAGCAGGCGCAGCUGCUGCUGCAGCAACAGCCGCUGCCGGCGGGCGCGAGCAUUCUGGGCUUCCACUCCGAGGUCAUCCUAAGCCUGACGUCACUGGUCAUUCUGCGCAUCAAGGACCUGCCCGGCUUCAUGGACGGCAACCUGGCGGACCUGGCCUCCGCUCUGGCGCGCCUGCCCUGCCUGGCCGAGCUCAAGCUGCGCUCGCUGGGCAUGGUGUCGGACAUGGGGCUGCACACGCUGAUCGCGGUGUCGCAGCUGCGCCGCCUCAAGCUGUACGCGCUUGGCGACGGCGUGACGGAGCACGGCGCGGCGCACCUGGCCGCCAGCCUGCCGCGCCUGGAGGAGCUCAAGGUGAAGGACUGCCGCCGCGUGGGGCCCAGCCUGCGACAGACCAUCGAGCUGUUCCGCGCCUCGGCCGUCGCCUCGGGUGCAGGCGGCGCCUCCUCUUCUGUGGGCUCGCUGUCGUGCAGCAGCGGCCAGGCGCCGUCCGGCAGCGCCGGCGGCUCCGCGGGCGGCGUGGGCCGGGCACAGGUGGUGGUGCCGGUGCUCGGCCCGAUGCCGGUGGUGCGCUACGGGCCGCAGGAGUGUGAGGGCGGGCGCUUCCCCUCCGCAGCAUGAUGCAUGUGCGGUGGCGGCAUUACUUGUUGAGUUGUUUCUGUUAUAGGGCAUGCUACGCCUGUUGCGGCAUGGCUGCACGCAGUGAACGAAGGAACUGACCCCCAAUGGUGGUUGGUAGCCGAGAGAGUGGACGUCAGCUGAUCAUCACCGUGGACCCGCUGCAAUCAAGAGGCGGGCGCCAACGCGUCGACGUUAAAGAGUAAUUACGAUGACGUUUGUUGUUUGACAUUGGCAUCAACCGUAAUGCAUUAGGCGUGUUUGGAGUCACCUGCUUAUUUUGGCCGCGACACCGCAGGUGUGGCAGGGCAAUACUCGUAUCCGUGUUGAGGGCAAGAUGAUGAUGCGGCGGCCCCGAGUGAAUGCACUGCAUUAUUCAGUCAGGAAGUUGUUGGGUGCGGAGAUUGACAUGCAUCGCUACGUGGAAGUGCGGCAGUGGAAUAGAGAAAACGCCGUGAAGUUCGGCACUGCACAGUAGUCAUUUGUGUGUGGGUGUGCGAUGGGACAGGGUUAAGGCAGGUCGGUAAGGUCCCGGAGGGUGCAGCUGAUUCUCAGACUCCAGGACAUAGAAAACAGUUUGCGACGGCAGUGCAUGAGCGCGCGGCUGGUCGAACGCUGGAGUAGCUGUACCGACAAGUUGCUGGCUGGUUGGAUGUUUGCUGACGCGCAUUCCUCACGCUCCGGGCGCCCGGCCAGGCGAAAGCUGCAGGCAUACACACCGCAUUCGUGUGUGGGGAUGCGAUCCUCCCGGUAGGCGAGGCAAUAGUGCAAUGUGUUGACGCUCCGGGCGCUUGGCCAGGCGGUAGCACCACUCAGACAACGUGCGACGCCACACGUGUAUGGAUGGAAUAAAUGAUGGGCUGGUGCUGAGCUUGUAAUCAUGUGUGCAG